GUUUCAAUUAAAACUAUACAUGGAAGUGAUUGGGGUGGCAACACCAUAAGCCCCUGGAAUAUAAGUGCUAGCCGCAAGGGGUCGGGUACCACUCAGCAUAUAUGCAACAGCAUCGAGUGUACAGGUGUAUCUCGAGUGUCCCUAAAGGAAACCAGUACGGUUGCCCCUGGAGCAGCUAUUCAGGGGCGCUCAACUAGGAUACUGAGCUGCGAUUAUAGGGGCAGUGAUGUGUUAAGGUUAUGA